AUGGAAUGGAACGAGAGCCCGCCGCCGCUUUUAUCUGAGAAAACUUUUUUAGUGAUUAGGGAUGAUUCAGACAUGUUGGAAAAGAGAGAGAAGCAACGAAGCAAAUUAAAAACACCGGAUACUUGGCCGCCAAAGAUGAGACAUGGCGUUUCUUUAUACAACAAAUCGAACAGGCCGAAGACCGCGAACUUAGGUAAACAGAGUGUGCUGGACCCGGAUCUCAUAGACAAGUUAGACAUAUCUCUUCGUAACAAGGAGUUACUCGUUGGCUCGAUGACGCGAUUUCAUCUUCCGAAAUCAAUUAGUGGGGAAACGUCGUCGUUCCCUUCGUCGUCAAGGUACCGGCAAAACGUCACCGGGGCUGAACGACAACAAUAUAGCCCAACGUCGAACGGUGAGGCGACGUGGUGCAGCGGUCCCUCCUCCGUACGUUACAAACGGCGUAGCAUUAAACAAAUUCUAGACCCGAGACUCGGAUACGACGUGUCUGUGGUAUCAUCUAAGAUGCAGAAGCAAGCGCGUAUAGGCGGUCAGGAUGUGAUUCCUACGAAAAAAGGCUUGGAUAAUACGAAACUGGAUAACAAUAACAAUAGGAACGGAACAGCCAGCCAUAAGGUUUUCUCUUUGUCCACGUUGAAGAAGAGGGAUUCAAGACCAAUCAUACAGAAUGAUCUGGAGGUGUUUACAUCUUCUUCGACGAAAAGCGCUCCAGAACCUUGCAAGAGCUGCGGAAAAUCGGAUCAGCCGGAAAGGUUCCACAGUCAUCCAAAGGGCACCUUUCCCAAGCCAAAGGACAGCCCUCCGAGUUUGAAAACAAAGACCACGGUACCGAAAAUUGUUCAGAAACCCGUCGCCUUGAAUUUUCAUAGCGAUAAGAAUAAGAACAAAGUGGAGGAAAUGGUCGAUCAGGAAUCACGCAAUCAGGAACAAUCCAAUAUAUCAUCUAGGCCUUCUUCAGCGCCAAUGAAGAAAGGGCCAAGGUCCAUCACUUGUUACAUAUGUGGUCGUGAAUUUGGUACUGCCAGCUUUCCUAUUCAUGAGCCCAGAUGCAUGCAGAAAUGGGAACGAGAGAAUAAUUCUUUGCCCGUGAACCAAAGACGACCGACACCUCAAAGGCCUGACAUCACUAUCAAUCAUUCAGAAUGGAAUAUAGCAGCAUGGGAAGAAAGCCAGGCACAAUUAGUUCCUUGCUCGAAAUGCGGAAGAACGUUUCUACCGGAACGAUUGACGGUGCAUCAGAGAAGCUGUAAGGCUCCUACAAAGAAUUCCGAGUCUGAGAAACCAGGAAGUCUUCUUGGGGAAAAAAGCGCCAGUACAUCGAGAGUAGGACCACCUAUGGUUACUUGUCAAUCUUGUGGCAGAAACUAUGGUACAAAAAGUAUAAAGAUACAUGAGCCUCAAUGUAUCAAGCGAAUGCAAGCAGAGAAAGAUAAGCAGUCGUCGAAUUCUCGAAGGAAAGAACCGAGUCGACAACAGAAUUCAGACAUGGCGUUAGUGCAGAAAAAUCUAAGCAGCCCAACGGGGGAUAAUGCGCAGAAGAAGACAGUCACAUGUUACAUAUGUGGCAGAGAUUUCGGAUCGACUAGCAUAGCUAUUCAUGAGCCGCAAUGUUUGAAGAAGUGGCACGUGGAGAACGAGAGAUUACCAUUAGAUCAGAGGAGAAAGGAGCCAGAGAAACCUGAAAUUAUCUACACUUGUGACUCAGAAACUGGGAAUAUGAUAGUUGAUAUAGAUGCAAUGGCAGAGGCCAGUUGGAAAACUCAUUUACUACAAUUGAUCCCAUGUAAACGAUGUGGAAGGACUUUCAAUCCUGAUCGUGUAAGCGUUCAUGAACGAAGCUGCAAGGGUAGUCGCUAAAUAAUAUGUGCAGUAUAAAAUAAUUAGAAGAUUUACAGCUACAACUUUAUUUCGAUAAAAAUUUCAUCAAUGUUUAUUGAACUAAAACUGGAGUAUUUUAUUAACUAAUGAAGUUGUAGAUAAAUGAUCUAAUUAUUUUGAACUGUAAAUAAUA